AUGGCUCAAAUACGGAGAAGCAUGGGAAAGCUUCCAAGUGACACUACAGUGAACCCGAAUCAUCAAGGUUUUAGCACAAGCAACGUGAGGGAUGCACGCGUUAGCGCGGUAAGUAUUCUUUUAAAUGAUGAAGUUUGUAGUGUUGAAAGCAUUCCACCACCACAAUUCGUUGAUGGUGUAGUGGAAAAAAUAGGUGAGGAGCCGGAAAGUGAAAAUGAACAAGAAACGAUUUCACAAAGUAAAGUUGAAAAUAUAACUAAAAAUUCUUUUUGUGAAAAUUGUUUAAAUCAACUUAACCCGCUUAAUGCAUCGAAAAGUGAAGAACGGUGCCCACCGAAGGACGAGGGGUGGGAAACUUUUAAGCAAGCUAAAAUUAAUUUACCGUUACUAGAUGACAUUAAAAAGGUUCCGGCUCAUGUGGAAUGCUUAAAGGAGUUAAGCGUCGAAAAACGGCACAACAAAUUACCCAAACCGGUUGAUUUGAUAUCUCAUGUGAGUGCCGUUUUAUCGAGUGCCCUUCCCCCAAAAGCUCAAGAUCCGGGAGAUCCUCUUAUUCCAAUUCAAAUUGGAACAUUUAAAAUUGAGAGGGCGCUCCUAGAUCUUGGAGCUUGUACUCCCACGUAUCCAAGGGGAAUGGUGGAGGAUGUGAUUGUUAAGGUGGAUGAUUGCUACUACUCAGUUGACUUUUUGGUAGUAGACUAUGUUGGGUGUGUUGGGGAUACCCAACCGAUAGUCAUACUGGGUAGACCGUUCCUGGCAACUGCUAAUGCCAUAAUAAAUUGUGCAACGGGAACGGUAACCAUGAAGUUUGGGGACCGGGAAUUAAAUUUAAAUGUUUUUCCAAAAUUUACUAACCCACUCGGUGAGGAUAAGUGUCCUAAAAAGGACAUGAAUCCAAACAAAAAGGUUUGUGCUAUGGUUGGUAGGUGUGGAGAAACAAAGAAGAAAACGGUCAAGAAAAAGAAGGCAAAGAAGUCACCUCUAGAAAAGAAGAAGGAAGAGGAGGUGAGGAAGUUUGGACCGUUUGGCAACAAAUGGUAUGAAUCACCGGUGGGUGAUUUCGAGGAGUUCGUAGGCGGCAAGCACGCCAUUCGACCACCAUGA